UGUUUCGCUAUGGCUCGUACAAAGCAGACUGCUCGCAAAUCAACUGGAGGAAAGGCCCCAAGAAAGCAGCUGGCCACCAAGGCUGCCCGUAAGAGUGCACCAGCCACCGGUGGUGUUAAGAAACCACACAGAUACAGGCCUGGGACUGUCGCCCUACGUGAGAUUCGUCGUUACCAGAAGAGUACUGAACUGUUGAUUCGCAAAUUGCCCUUCCAACGCCUCGUCCGUGAAAUCGCUCAGGACUUCAAGACUGACCUUCGUUUCCAGAGCUCAGCAGUUUCUGCUCUGCAAGAAGCCAGUGAAGCCUACUUGGUUGGUCUCUUCGAAGACACCAACUUGUGUGCCAUCCACGCCAAACGUGUUACAAUCAUGCCAAAGGACAUCCAGUUGGCUCGUCGCAUUCGUGGUGAGCGUGCUUAGAUGUUUGUCGGUUAGGAACCCAGAGAACGAUGCAAAGGCCCUUUUUAGGGCCACUACAUACUGAUUCAUUGUCUUUGACUUUGUUAGUUUACUUUGAAUUUGUGUGUAUCGUGCAUAGGUUAUUCGUAUGGGUUAAUAGUUGGUGUAAGUUGAUCGUGUGGUCCUUAGAUGCGUAUGCGCCGUUGAUUUGAUGCGUAAGACUGGGUUAGUGCUUGGGUUUUUUAAAAUCAGCGGGUGGCAGUAGCUUGUGUGUCAACUUUUAUGUUGAUGACGGUUGUAGAUUGUGAGGAGGCAGAUAAUCCUAACAUACAUCAGAUUGAAGAUGAUUAUGUUCAUAAUGUGCUCAUUUGACGUUAAUUAUUGAAGUAGACGUAUGGUGUGGUUUCAAGACGUCAGUUUGUGAGAUCUAAUGCGCUGAUGAGCACGUUGUGAUUCUCCCAGCUGUAAGGAACGAAAUGGAUUAGGUCCGGUGAUUCCGAAAAUCAUGUAGACUGUCAUGAGACUUUACUCAUUCGUGGGGGCCUACAUACAUGUUUAGGAAUAUAUACUGCAGAUGGUUGCGAUUCCUGAGGAUUCAUUGGUACAGUGACUUACGUCGGUUGAGAUUCUACAUUUCGAAAUGGGCAGUCUAUCAAGCAAAUCUUGUUGCAGCAAACGUGGGUGUGAAUGUAAGUGUAAGUCCCUAAAACGUGAGGCUGCUGUUGAUACCACAUGCGUAAUACUAGGCUAGUGUCAGAUGUCUUUUGACCUCGAGCACGCGAGAGCGGAAUGGCAGAACUGGCGUAUUUAGAGCAUCAUUGAUGCGGUCUGCUCGCAAGAUGUUUCAUUCCUGCCACUAAUUUCUAGGCCUUGAUUCUGCAGACUCUUCAUUCUAGAUUAUCCGAAGGAGCACACUGCGACGGAUUGGACGUGCCCACCGGGUACACUUAGGUCGGGCUUCAAAUUCUUGUGGAUACAGAACACAAGGUUGAUGUCAACGAGGCUUUCAAAGUGGACUACCGCAUAUCAACUAAUCGUAAAUUCACCUUAAGAGUUUGUCUACAACAUAUUGCUGAGACUGUUGCGAUCCAAAUUAAUAAGUCUAAUUAAUGUGUUCCAAAGAAGCUAGAUCAGAUAUUCUCCUUAUCUAGGGCCAUCUAGGGUUAUCUAAUAAUCUUCAAUUUCUUAAGGAAAUUUCCUUAAUUUUAGUUGAUA